AUGAAAUUGAACGCGUUUUCUCGAUUUGAAUUUGGAUUGAUUCUUUUAUUAUCUUUGAAUCAUAAUCCACAAACAGCUUCGGCUGCGGAAUCUAAAGAAGCGUAUGUAACUCUUUUAUAUGGAGAUGAAUUCAUGUUGGGAGCACGUGUUCUUGGGAAGUCGAUUCGAGAUACCAGAUCCACCAAAGACAUGGUCAUUUUGGUCUCUGAUGGCGUUUCUGACUACGCCAAGAGUCUUCUCCAGGCAGAUGGUUGGAUUGUGAAUCAAAUCAGUCUACUGGAGAACCCUAAUCAAGUUCGGCCAACAAGGUUUUGGGGUGUAUACACAAAGCUCAAGAUAUUCAACAUGACUAAUUACGACAAAGUCGUGUAUCUUGAUGCUGAUACAAUCGUAGUCAAGAACAUAGAUAUUCUAUUCAAAUGCGGAAAAUUCUGUGCUAACUUAAAACAUUCAGAAAGGCUCAACUCAGGUGUUAUGGUAGUAGAACCAUCUGAAAAACUUUUCAAAGACAUGAUCAGCAAAGUUACCACAUUGUUUUCAUAUACAGGAGGUGAUCAGGGUUUCUUGAAUGCCUAUUAUUCUGGAUUCCCAAGUGCACGUGUUUUUGACCCUACCAUUUCUAGACCAGUUGCAGAAAUGGAAAGACUUUCUACUAUUUACAAUGCAGAUGUUGGACUUUACAUGAUUGCUAACAAGUGGAUGGUAGAUGAGAAAGAAAUUAGUGUUAUACACUAUACACUUGGACCUCUAAAACCAUGGGAUUGGUGGACAUCUUGGCUUUUAAAACCUGUAGAUAUAUGGCAGGAUGUUAGAGAACAUCUAGAAGAAUCUCUUCCAGGAACAGGAGGAGGCAGAAAUCCCCAUGAUGAUCUUUUAGUGAAAUUUCUUUUUUGGUUUCCAGUUUUCAUUUUACUCUUCUGUUACUAUCGAUCUUUUCUUCUGACGCGUUCUUUAUGCGAUCACGCUAGACAUAUAUACUACAAAUUUAGAUCAGGAGGUGCGCUUGCUUAUUCUGCAGUAUCUUCAUCUACCAUAAACUCUAAUCAACAGUUCUCUAAUGGCGCACACUCCGUGGUGCCUGGUUUUCUUGGUGGAAUUUCUGUAGUAAUAUGUUUCAUGGUUGCGGUGGUGUCACUUGGAUUUGGUAUUUCGGUUGUGCCUAGGCAAGUGAAGCCAUGGAUUGGGUUGCUUUUGAUGUACGAGUGGAUUUUUACAAUUUUUUUCCUACUUUUUGGAUUUUAUUUGCACAUAAUUUAUAAAUGGGGGAAGAUGGUGGCAAAUCAAAUAGGAAACCCACGUCCAGGAGCUUCAGAUUAUGAUUCUGAAAAAGGUCAUCAGAGGGUAUCUUGUGAUGUUGCACCAUGGUACUAUGGGUCAAUGAUGGCGUUUCUGGCUGUUGCUGCCCCUUUAGCACCUGGUAUUUUUGGGAUUACAACUUUAUUUUUGAGGUUUAGUUUGAUGGGUGUUGGAGGUUUAAUUUUUGCAUGUUUCAUGACGUAUGCCUCAGAACAUUUAGCUAUCAAGUCAUUCAUGCGAGGCCUUGAAGAUAGAGAUGGAUCAAGGGCAAGGAACAUAUGUUAUUUAUGUUGUUAA